AUGACCCUCGAAGCAUACUACUCGCGCCAUCCAACAAAAGUUGGUGUCAGUUCUGGUUAUGUCAAUAAAAAUGCUGAUUAUAUGACUGCGACACCCUACGAUAUCUCCUUCACUUUACUACCAUUGGUGUUGGUAUCAGGGAGGAGUAGCCUAUUUCAGUCCAUGGACGACCUCGUAGACACAGCCGAUGUGGAAACAUACGAUUUGAAAUAUGUCCUACAACACAAUAGGAAGUUAGUGGAAGACGCGCUUGAAAGUAUCUGUGAUACUGUCGAAGCAGGAGACGAGAAAAUGUUCAGAUACAGCCAGACCAAAACUUUGCAUAAUAUAAUAUCCAAAGCACGAAGAGUCGUAGACAUUCGGCUACCAGCCAGUCUUGAGGAUCGUUUCGUUACAAGAACACUCGAAGCGCCAGUUUUGAGUGUCAGGAGAGAAGAGAGCACCAUCUCUCUUUCAAACACAGAGCCAGAACCCCAGGACUCAGCGAGCCGAACAUCGACACCUACCCCUUAUCAGAGCUUUGACUCACAAUCUUCUGCAGCAAGUGUAGCACCGUCUGUCGUCUUCUCUGAAGCCUCAGUGGCCACUACCACAACCCUGACAGCCACAGUACCAGAAUCAACCAUUCCUGCCACCAUUAAGCAUCUGCAACGACUCCUCACAGCCUUCAAGUUUAUUACGACAUCGUAUCUCUCUUCGUCUCUGUCUAGCACUUUGCUAGCCCUUUUGCAGGACCACACUGUGUCAGGAAUUGACUUUGCACCUCUCAACGAGCAUCUCGACCAUAUUGCGAAGCUUCGGGCACAAGCCGCAGCAUCUUCGGAUCUGGCGUCUUUCUCACGCAAAAGAGGCGGUCUUGAAGAGGACGAGGAAGCCGAGCUUCGAGCUGAAAAGAAGCGAAAAUUGGAAGAAGAAGAGAAACGGAAAAAGGCAAGUACGAGCCAUGGUGUCAAGCAGUUGGCCAAGGUGGAUGUAAAAGGCAUGAAGAAGAUGUCGGCUUUUUUCACGCCCAAGGUCAAAGCCAAAGGAUAG